AUGGUCAGUAACGUGACUACGGCGUUUAACAAUGCCACGGGCCUUCCCGUUGUUGGGAAGCUGGAAACUGAUGCUCCCACGAGUGCGAGUUCCAGUCAGACGAGCAUUGAGCAAGCCGGUGCUGGCAAGCGAGGGACUACCUGGGCUGCUAGUGGGCUCAAGUCGGAUCACUACCGCCCUGUCGACAGCUAUGAAGGGUUGCAUCGAUAUGAUCCCGACUUUGAGUGGGAGCCUGAGGAGGAGAAGAAGAUAAUCAGGAAGAUUGACAAGCGGAUAUGCACUUUUGUCUGUCUUAUGUUCUUUGCGCUCCAACUGGACAGAGGCAACAUCAGCCAGGCGCUGUCAGACAACCUUUUGACCGAUCUUGGUAUGAGCACCAACGAGUACAACUAUGGACAGACUAUCUUCUACAUAUGCUUCCUUUGCGCUGAGCUGCCGUCUCAACUUAUCAGCAAAAAGAUCGGACCCGACAACUGGAUUCCAAUCCAGAUGGUCUCGUGGAGUCUAGUUGCCAGUAUGCAAGCGUUCCUUAGCGGCAGGAGCUCUUUCUACGCAUGCCGUGCUCUUCUCGGGCUCAUUGAAGGAGGCUUUAUCCCGGACAACAUCCUAUACUUGAGCUACUUCUACACAGGGUUCGAGCUUCCGGCUCGCCUCAGCUGGUUCUGGGUUUCGUAUCAAUCCACCCAGAUCAUCUCUGCGUUUCUGGCAUUUGGCAUCUUGCGUCUCGGUGGCCGAAAUGGUAUGGAAGGAUGGAGGUGGCUCUUCGCCCUGGAAGGGAUGCUCACGGGUCUCAUCGGCAUUUCCGCUUGGUUUUACCUGCCGCCUUCUCCAACGCAGUCUGCGACUACAAGUAAGAUCAAUCCUUUUCGUGGCGAGAAAGGCUGGUUCGAUGAGCGAGAGGAGAAAAUUAUGGUCAACCGCAUCCUGCGAGACGACCCCUCGAAGGGAGACAUGCACAACCGACAAGGUCUCUCGUUUCCUAUGCUUUGGGAAUGUCUCAAGGAUUACCACAUGUGGCCAAUCUACCUGAUUGGUCUGUCUUGGACCAUUCCGUUCAACCCGGUUACUUCGUACCUCACUCUUCAACUACGAUCGCUGGGUUUUGGAACUUUCGAGACCAACCUUCUUACAAUUCCCGCCUAUGUUCUCUUCAUUAUUCAGCUCCUGUUCUGGACCUGGGUAUCCGAGAAAGUCAACGACCGGUUCCUUGUCGGCCUGGUCUCCCAAAUAUGGGCUCUUCCCCUCCUCAUAGCCUUAGAGGUCAUCUCCCCACACACUUCGCCUUGGGCUCGAUGGGUCUUAGCUAUUUUGGUCGUCGGCCAUCCGUACGUGCACGCUAUCCUAGUCGCUAUCACCUCGCGCAACGCAGGCACCGUCCGGACACGCACUGUUGCUUCUGCGCUGUACAAUAUGACGGUGCAGGCAGGAAGUAUCAUCUCACAGAACAUCUAUCGCGAAGAUGAUAAGCCGCUGUAUCGUAGGGGUAACAAGGUGCUGAUUGCGAUCUGUGCCUAUAACUUUGCGCUCUUUAUUGGCGCGAAGAUCUUCUACGUGACGGUCAACAAGAGGAGAGAGGCAGUUUGGAGUAGCAUGUCAAAGGAAGAUAAAGUGACAUAUCUCGAGACCACGAAAGACAAAGGAAACAGGCGCUUGGACUUCAGAUUUGCGCAUUAA